AUGGCCAACCCUCAGGGCCCAGCCCCGGCAGCGAUUCAUCAGUCAAACCAAGUAUUAUAUCGUUCUGGUUUUGAUUCACAAUCGGGUCGAAUCAUAUCUCAUUCAUGUAGUAUGAAUGGUGGUUUUCCUUAUGAGCAUUGCUACCCUCAAGUAUCAUCACAACAAAUUCCCGUGAAAAAUUUCCACUGUUCAAAACUACCCUUAAUGAGUAGUAAUUUUCCUCAACAAGAUCACCAAGUGGUUUCACAUAUGGUGGAUAAUUCUCAAUUUAGAUCGCAGGAGCACAUGCAAACGAUUAAUAAUGCUAAUCGUCUAGCUGCUCGACCCUUUCCUCAUUCAAUUAACUCAAUAAUUUCUCCAUGUCAAAAUAAUAAUCAGAUUGUGAGCCCUAUUCAGCAAUAA